AUGGAUAAACAAGUUGAAGUCAGUCAUUCUUUAGUCCCGAAUAUGUUGACAUUUGCACUGAAAGCUAAUCUCGAUGAUGAACUACAGCAUGUUCCUCUCAAGGUUCCUCGCCUAGACGAGUUUUGCGAUGGCUAUAACAUCUCUCUCACUCGAGUGAUGCACGUCAUCUGGAGCAUAGUGCUGGGAAGUUAUACUAGUUCCGACAUUGUUAGCUUUCGACGCGUCCUUCGCAGAACCACCGGACAUGGACAGCCUUGGGAGGAGCUUGUGUGCCAAGAAAGACUCACGCGGAAUAUUCCGAUAAUCGAUGUAUUGAGGCAAGAGAAGACAUAUGACCGAAAUCACAACGGUAUUCCGGAUACUAAGGAGAGCGACACGCUUUUGUUUCUGAACUCGGACUCCCGGUGCGAGUUGCAAACAUUGGAAGGCCACGAUACAACCAACAUCAAGAUUAUUUUGACGGUUGAGAACAAGCACAAUGAGCUAAAUGCUCGAUUGAGCUAUUGGAAAACAAAACUCAGUGACCUGGAGGCUCAAGGCAUGGCAGCCACCGUGUCUAAGACGGCAACGGACAUCGUGAACCAGCCCUUUACAAGUAUUGGAGAUUUGGUUCUUUGCAGUGAUCACGAUCUGAGUAUCCUCCGGAAAUGGAACGAAAGAUUACCGAUAUGGCAUGAUGAAUGUGUUCACCACGCCAUAUCACAGAGGGUUCGAGAGAACCCAGGAAUGCCGGCUGUCAAUGCGUGGGAUGGAAAUUUCACUUACUCUGAGCUUGAGCGGCUCUCAUCUAAUCUGGCAGCUCAUUUAACCAGCAUAGGUGUUACGCCGGAAAGAUUUGUGGCAUUAUACUUUGAAAAGUCAAAAUGGUUCAUUGUCGCCAUUCUAGGGGUUAUCAAGGCAGGUGGGGCCUACGUUCUUCUCGACCCGUCCUAUCCUCGGUCUCGAAUGCAAGUCAUAUGUGAUGAACUUCGGGCAACGACUGUCCUCGCCAGCGUUGGUUUGGCUCCAACCGCCGAGAAUUUGGCGAAGAACAUUGUGGCGGUAGGGGAAGAUGCAGAAUGUCUCGGUGAGGAACAAGAUGUGUCAAAUCUCAUCUCUGCAUGUCCUGAUAAUCCCUUGUAUGUGGUAUUCACGUCCGACUCCACUGGGAAACCGAAAGGAAUUAUAAUGGAACAUGGAGCGUUUUGUAGUUGGGCCAGAACCACAGGGCAAUCGUUAUGCCUAGAUAGUCGUUCCCGAGUCCUCCAAUUCUCCAGUCAUGCAUUUCUUGUCGUUCAUCGCGAUGUCCUACUCACUCUCAUGUUUGGAGCGUGCAUUUGUGUGCCAUCUGAAGCUGAUCGGGUCAACAACAUAGAACGAUUUAUGACGGAAUAUCGCAUUAAUUGGGCCAACCUAACCCCAUCUGUGGCCGCUUUGCUCAGUCCAGAGAAGGUCCCUAAUCUGCAGACUCUGGUCUUUACUGGGGAGCCCAUGUCCCGUGCCAGUCUCGGAAUGUGGGCGAACAAAGUAAAUGUGAUAUAUGGCUGUGGACAAUCCGAAUGUGUUAGUAUCUCAUUGAUGAGAAAGAACCCGGGUGUUGAUUCGGAUCUAAAGAAUGUUGGGCGCGGGGUUGGAUCUGCAAUUUGGCUGGUCGACCCUCAGGACCAUGAUAAGCUUGUUCCAAUUGGGGCCAUUGGAGAGCUGGUUAUCGAGGGGACAGCUAUUGCACGAGGUUAUGUCAACAACACCGAAAAAACACAAGAGUCGUUCCUCCGCGAUGCUGCAUGGCUGCAGAGGGUUCGCCCGGAAUAUCGAGGCCGCCGGCUUUACAAGACCGGAGAUCUUGCUCAGUUUACAGAUGACGGGACAGUCCGGUUUUUGGGCCGGAAGGACAACACGGUUAAAGUGCACGGCCAGCGUUUGGAAGUGGAGGAAGUCGAACGGCACGUCAGUCGCUCUCUAUUAGAAAUGCCUGAUGCUGAGGUUCACGAUGUGGUAGUGGACCUGGUCUCAUUGCCAAACACAAAGGGCGCAAAAUUGACAGUGUUUCUGGGAUUGAGCCCCACGACCCAGGCGAUUGGGAAUGAGGCACUCUUGGGGUCCUUGGAGAGGGCCCCAGACUAUUUAAGGAUGAUAGAGUCGUGCCUAGCAGACGCUGUGCCACGAUAUAUGAUUUCAACGGCGGUUGUUCCAAUACUGCACAUACCCUGA